AUGUCCGAGUCUGCGUCUGAGAAUGAUUCCAAAGAGCACCCUGAGCUUGAGGCGACUGCUCAAGCGACGGACCUCGAGAUUAAAUCCGUCCCAGUCACCGUCAAUGGCGACACAAAACCAGAGGGCAAAUCACAGAUCGAACUCACCGAUCAGACUCAAAGACUUCCCUUUGCAAGGCUGAUCGUCGUCUACCUAUGUCUUGCCAUGUGCUUCUUCGUCUCUUUUCUCGAUGUCAACUCCACGACGACUGCGUUGCCAGCAAUUGCCCGUUCAUUGGGGAUUUCCAGCACCAUCACCUGGGUCGGUACGUCCUAUCUUCUGGCCCAGUGCGCCUUCCAGGUGCUCUACGGCCGACUUGCCGACAUAUUUGGACGGAAGCCGGUAUUAAUAGGCUGCGUGCUCAGCUUGAUCAUUGGGGAUGUUCUGUGCGGAUUCGCCAAGGACGGCCCUUGGCUCUACACCUGUCGAGCUAUCGGUGGUAUUGGGGGCGGAGGAAUCAGUUCUCUGGUCCAGAUCACGGUCAGCGACCUUGUCUCUUUGAAGGAGCGGGGCAAAUACCAGGGUCUGUUGAGCGGGGCGAUUGGGCUGGGAGCCGGUGUUGGUCCCUUUGUGUCCGCGGCAUUAGUUCAAGGACAUGAUGGACGGUGGCCUUGGGCUUUCUGGGUUCCUGCGAUACUGGCAUCGUUGUGCAUCCCACCGCUGGUGGUUCUCCUCCCUCAAAAGCCGGUGGUCGGGAAUUGGAAAGAGAAGGUGCGCAAAGUGGACUGGAUGGGCCUGUUGACUGCGGUGACGGGGAUAUUGUUCGUUUUGAUACCUGUGAACUCUGGAGGAAGCGUCUUCCCAUGGCACAGCUCGCUCGUUAUCGCGUUAUUGACAGUGGGAUCAGUGCUGACCACUUCCUUCUGCCUCGUUGAGUGGAAAUUGGCGCGACUGCCGAUGAUGCCACUUCGCCUCUACUCGUCGAUGUCACGCAGUACGCUGUUUGCGCAGAACUUCCUCUUUGGUUUCGUGUGGCAGGCAGAUCUGUACUUCCUUCCGAUCUAUUAUCAAGAUGUCCGUGGCUUCGCGCCGCUCAGGUCUGCAUACCUGACGUUGCCUUUGCUUCUCGCUCAGAGUCUCGGCGGUGUUCUUUCGGCGCCUGCAAUGACUUUUACCGCAAGGUACAUGCCGGUCCUUUGGUUGGGAUUCGUCUUCUGGACAAUCGGGGCAGGGCUGAAGCUGUUAUUCUCCCGCACCACUUCCAUCGGAGUAUACGUGGUAGCUGCCCUGGUCGAAGGUGCAGGGGUCGGGUUCGUUUUCCAACCCUCUCUUGUGGCAUUACAAGCUCUUUCAACAAAGGCAGAUGUCGCUGUGACCACCUCAACGCGAAACUGGGUCCGGGCAUUAGGUUCUGCAGUUGGAGUGGCCGUUUCUACGGCCAUUCAAUACGCCGUGACCAUCAGUUCGCUGCCAGUGGAUCUCCCCUCAGAGGUGGCAUUAGCGGUCAAAGCUGGGACUUGGACCGUCGGUGGUGCGGCACAUACCUGGGAUCAGGCUGUUCUAGACGCCAAAAUGAGGGGCAUAAACCGGGUUUUCAUCACGUUCUUACCUCUCAUCGGGCUUUGUCUUGUGGGAUGUUUGUGGAUCCGCGACAUUCCCUUGCGCGGAGACCACGACGAGGACCAGCAGACGAACCAGAAACGACUAAUCUCGAGGUGCAACAAGCUGAAAGCGAUGAUCCCGAGAAGGGCGGGAUGA